GGCCCGGCGAGCCGAGCGGCAGCCCGCGGAGUCGGGGGCCCCGAGGUGAAGCUGCGCGCGCGGUGGGGCCGGGGACCCACAGGGGAGGGUCCCGGGGCCGGAACGGGGCCGGGGGCACAGGCUUCCACACUGGAGGGUGCCGAUGCCGGAGCGGGGCGGAAGGGCGCGGGGCUUCUGCAGUGAGGGCUCCGGGCCGGAGCGGGGACAGGAGACGCAGUAGGAUCUACACCGGGGGGUCCCGAGGCCAGAGGGGAGACGGGGGGCGGACGCGGCGGGGAGAGAGACCUACGCUGGAGUCUCCCGGGGCCGUAGCGGGGACAGGGUGUCUACAUCGUGAGAUCCUGGGGCGGGGGCGGGAGGGGCGCGGGGUCUACACCCGAGCGUCUGGGCGGGCCCAAGGCAACGGGGGCGCAAGCACCUGUCCCACAGCGGCGACAGUCCGGCGCGCGCGGUCUCUACUCGGUUGCGCAGGGGGCUGGGGCCAAGGAGAUUGCGGGAGGGACAUUUAAGCGCCCCUCCCCCACCCCCGGCCACCGGAGCGGCGGGCGGGGCUGGGCUGGGCGCCGCCCCCGGCCCCCCGUCAGGCUCCAAGUCCCGCGCUGGGCCGGCGCCCGGCCGCAGGCGCGCGCGGGCUCCGCCAGCUUCGUGCGCUUUCAUGGAGGUCUGGGCGGCCUUGGCCGGAGCCUGGUUCCAGCUGCCGCCCCGUCUGUCUGUGUCGGAUCUGCAGGAGCCCAGGGACUUGGGUCUGGACACCUGUUGGAGCUCGUCCUUGCCCAGGGCAGAGCCGGACGGCUGCUGGAGACUCUGACCGCUGCACCUUCACCACAGCCCAGACCCUUGGCACCAAGUUCAGCUACGGGAUUAGGGGUGGACAUGGUUCGCACCCGUCGUGAAGCCCGCCCCCCUCUCGAUGACCUGGUAGCCAGCACCGUGCGGAUGUCUUGUGUUCCGACGGCCCAGCCUCCGGACCCUAGUGUGACGCAUGCGGCCAUGGCCCUGCUCCCCGGGCCCGCGGAGCCCCCGGGCCCCGAGCCCCCGGUUGGCGGCGGCGGCGGCGGCAGCAGCAGCGGCAGCGGCGGCGUUGGCGGGGCCCGCGCUCGGCACGUCAUCAUCAACGUGGGCGGCUGCAGGGUGCGCCUGGCCUGGGCCGCGCUGGCCCGCUGUCCCCUGGCGCGCCUCGAGCGCCUCCGCGCCUGCCGCGGCCACGACGAGCUGCUGCGCGUGUGCGACGACUACGACGUGAGCCGCGACGAGUUCUUCUUCGACCGCAGCCCGUGCGCCUUCCGCGCCAUCGUGGCGCUGCUGCGCGCCGGGAAGCUGCGGCUGCUGCGCGGCGCGUGCGCCCUGGCCUUCCGCGACGAGCUGGCCUACUGGGGCAUCGACGAGGCGCGCCUGGAGCGCUGCUGCCUGCGCCGCCUGCGCCGCCGCGAGGAGGAGGCCGCCGAGGCGCGCGCGGGGCCGGCGGAGCGCGGGGGCCCCGGCAGCCCGGCCUGCGCCCCUGGGUCCGGCGGCGGGCGGCUGGAGCGCGGCCGGCGGCGCCUGCGCGACGUGCUGGACGACCCGCGCUCGGGCCCGGCCGGCAAGCUCUUCGCCUGCGUGUCCGUGGCCUUCGUGGCCGUCACGGCGGUCGGCCUCUGCCUCAGCACCAUGCCCGACAUCCGCGCCGAGGAGGAGAGGGGCGAGUGCUCCCCCAAGUGCCGCAACCUAUUUGUGCUGGAGACGGUGUGCGUGGCCUGGUUCUCCUUCGAGUUCCUGCUGCGCUCGCUGCAGGCUGAGAGCAAGUGUGCCUUCCUGCGGACGCCGCUCAACAUCAUCGACAUCCUGGCCAUCCUGCCCUUCUACGUGUCGCUGCUUGUGGGCCUGGCGGCGCGGCCGGGCGCAGGCGGCAACAAGCUGCUGGAGCGCGCGGGGCUGGUGCUGCGGCUGCUGCGCGCGCUGCGCGUGCUCUACGUCAUGCGCCUGGCGCGCCACUCGCUGGGGCUGCGCUCGCUCGGCCUGACCGUGCGCCGCUGCGCGCGCGAGUUCGGGCUGCUUCUGCUCUUCCUCUGCGUGGCCAUGGCCCUCUUUGCGCCACUCGUGCACCUGGCCGAGCGCGAGCUGGGCGCGCGCCGCGACUUCUCCAGCGUGCCAGCCAGCUACUGGUGGGCCGUCAUCUCCAUGACCACCGUGGGCUACGGCGACAUGGUGCCGCGCAGCCUCCCCGGGCAGGUGGUGGCGCUCAGCAGCAUCCUCAGCGGCAUCCUGCUCAUGGCCUUCCCGGUCACCUCCAUCUUCCACACCUUCUCGCGCUCCUACUCGGAGCUCAAGCAGCAGCAGCAGCGCGCCGCCAGCCCCGAGCCCGCCCUGCGCGAGGACAGCACGCACUCCGCCUCUGCCUGCGCCUCCGCCGCGGAGGACGACGGCUCGCAGGGCCCCGACGGUGCCGGCCCGACCGGGGACUCCGCGGCCGCGCUGUGGGCAUCCGCGGGGCCGCCCUGACCCGGCGGGGCCGCGGCACCGGCGAAGAGGCUGCUCCCCUGGAGCUCCAGGACCAGAACCGCAUUCUCGCCUCCCGCUGCGCACGGAGGGACGGGGACGACUUUGGGGGCCCGGCUCCCUUUGCCGUGCAUGUUGCUCGCUCCGCACAGCCCAGAACUUGGCCCGGGGCUGACCCCGGCCUGAAUUGGGGGGUCACAGCCAUCCUGUGCUUUCAAAGAGUUGAACUCCAAGGAGCGUCACCAGCCUGUCCUCCGCUUUCCUUCUGCCUCUGGACUUUUGACUCCGUGAUGGCCAGCUAAAAGUAAAUUCAGCGAUCCCGGAAGCUCCAAGCCUGUAGCUCGUCCCCAGGCCUCACUUUGACCUUCCCCUGCGCGUCACUGGUGGGGGUGGGGCGCAGUGGGGCUGGGAGAGGGCACAGUCCCUUCCUGCGCCCGCCGUGUCACCCACAGUGGGCCAUGCCCGUCAGAGGGGGUCUCCUCAUCACGCCUGCAGAAGCCCACAUCGCUGCCGAGCGAUAGGGACAGAGGUGUGACACUGAUGCUCACAGCACGCCAGUUCCUUCGGGGGAGGGAGGUCCCAGCCCUGACCUCUGACCUCCCUUCCCCGGCACAAGCUCUCUGGGGAUCUUCCGGGAUCCCUCCUCAUCUGUUCGCCCCUGAAAAUGCCCGGCAAAGCUGAAGGCCUGCACGUCAGCCGGCCCCACCCUCCCCUCGGGCGCCCCGGCCCCCGGCCCCGCCCGGGGUGACUGAGCUGCUUCUCUGGAGGCCAGAGGAAUCUGUGCUCGUCACAUCGCUCGUCACCCAGCACGGCUGGUCGUCCGGGAAGAACCGCUUCCUCCUGCGGGGCGGGGAGGCCUCGCCGAUUUUCCCUCCAAGGGUUCGGUCAGCGGUGGAGUAACCCAAGGCAGCUGUCCUCUGUCCUCCCCCCCUACCCCGCUGCAGUGGCUCUGAGGGCACCCAGGCGCCCUGCAAGACCAGAGGCCACCUCGGGUCACGGGAUGGGGUGCCCGUCGGCCAUCCUGCUGGGAACCGCGGGUGUGUGGGGAGGGGCGGAGCACACCCACUGCCCACCACGCGGGCGGAGCGCCAGCCGCUGGCUUGUCUGUUCCGUCUCCCCACCGCCACCCCGACCCCCCCCCCCCCACCGUCCCUCCGGCUGCGCUCUGGAAGGCUCCGCUGGCUGUGGCCUCGGUUGCCCAUCUGGGUUGGGGGCCGGGAACUGGCCAGGUCCCCGCCGGCCUGCUCCCUCAUGCACGCCAAGGAAACCCAGACUGGAGACACUCCUAUGGGACAGCUCUGUGCGUCUCCUGCAAGACAUGGUGUUGCCAUCGCUGCCUCCUUGGCCACCUGCUGAAAACGCUCGAAAGCAUGGCAGGAGGGAGGACAGGAGACUGAGUUUGCGAAUGCAGCUGUCUCAACCCCCCAAGUGCUGUGCAGAGAGCGAAGGUCAGUUCCCGCCGACUCACGACUCGCUCACGCGGGGGCACUGGGUUUGCUCUGGCCACCAAACCAGUGGGCAGGCUGAGUGGGCCAGGCACACCCCUCUGCACCUGAGUUUCCCCAUCGGUACAACCAGAGUGAUCCGGAAGAACCCUCUGGCUCCACAGCCCCAAGAUGCAGGAUCCUGGUCCCCGCCAGAGCUGUCUGGUUGACCCCAAAACGUCUGCAAAGCGUUUAGGGGGUGACAUGUGUCUGUGACAUUCCAGGAAUCAGCCAGCGCUCCUCUUCCCCUCAGGGCUGCUUUCUGCACAGGCUGUGCAUCCUCCCUUUGGCCCUGACGGGCCCUCCCCCACCCCCAGCUGACCCGCGUGUGCCACUCAGACUGAACAGGGCAGCUCCAGGGCUGAACAUGCUCCACUGUCAAUGUUGAGAGUUGGAAACCCCCAUAUUUGCUUCCAAAAUAGCCCCAAUUCCUGUACUCCUUAUCUUUGGGGAAAAUGCAUCCCCCGCCUCUGCCCGCGCGCGCGCACACACGCACGCACACACACACACACACACACACACUCUUUCUUCUUGGCCAGCUGGAUACCAGGGCUGGGGUGGUGAGGGCAGCUCGAGAGCUGUGGGCAGGGUGCCGGCACCGUUUGCAGCUCUUUAUCUGCUCAGAGCUUUCAGAAGCUCAACUGAACGAGAUGAACUUUCUCACGCACCCCAAGAGCUGGGGCAACAGCACCAUUUUGUUCCCAUUUCCAAAAUGCUAUCCUCGUUGAGAGGAAGAGCUAUAAAAAUAAACAGGACAUUUAGGGUUUGGGGGAAAAACUGACCUUCAUAUAUUUUUUUCACUAGAAGCCCCGCUUCUCGCGGGGCUAUUAAACGUCUGCCCUUCCCCUGGUGGAUGGCUGUGCCCAGAGCUCGGGGUUCAGAGCUCUCUCGGCCGGGGCAGCAGCUGGGCCUGUGAAACAGCUCUCUCCUCUGUGUCUGAAGGGCAGCUCCAGGGCUCGCUCCGCAGAGGAACACGGGAGCCUGUCCAGUGCCGUUCCCGGCUCAGUGGUGAAGUCCCCAAAAGGCACCUUCAUGUUUUUUGGUUUUUUUAGUAUUUGAACUUCUACAGCAUUCAUUUUUUAAUUAAAAGUUACUUUCAAUUAACACAUUAUCAGAAGGAAAACAAAAUCUACCCCCAGAGCAGGACCCCUGUCCUGCGUGACUCAGUACAUGGGCUCCAGGGUCCACACCGAGGCUCCCUGCUGCCUGGGGCGGCCGCAUCGGAUGUCACCACCUUUGAUCAGCUCACUCACUCUCCGAGGCCAGCGCUACAGGCUGGGGUGACUCACUGAGAAAACGUAAAAUAUAUCACUUCCAUGUAUUUCGACUGUGUUGAUUUUUUUGGUCUUGCCCUCAGCAGAAAUGCUCUCCAUGAAAAAAGAACUGCUCGGUACAAAGGGAUCCAACCCUACUUGCUACACAGAAUUACCCAUUUUCCUCGAAACACUUCUCCUGGCCUUUAAAGGAGACACUCCCCAACCUUUUGAGGCAUCCCCUUGUUAAGGGAACUGUGUGAACUGGCGGAGACCAGGGCGCCACCACCUCCCCCCGCCUGGCCCUGCUGGCACAGGACGGUCACUGUCCCCGGGGGCCUGGGGGAGCAGCCCCGGUCUCACAGGGGCCACAACUGUCCCCCAAGGAGGAGACGCUGGCCCAGCCCUUCCCUGGGGUCCCCUGAGGUGAAUGAGGACGAGACCGGCCCUUUACUCUGCCCUGGACCCCCCACUCCGACGCCACUCACAAGGCCACGCUGGAUCCACGAGCAGUUUAUUGAAUUCAAGCCGCCCUGACAGAACCAGCAGUGCUCCCACACGUGGCAUGUAGGUCACCCCUGCAACUGGUAAUGCUUUAAUUUGGAGGCAAUGACUGCUACAGACAUCUCCUUUCAUUUUUAAAAAGUAAACGUUUUCAAAGCAUCUUGCAGGCCAGAGAACUAAGCAGGAUCCUCAAACAUUCAGGAGUUUUUGAGGAAAACUCAGGAGGAGGAAACGGCUCCGCACGCCGUGCACUGGCCACGGCAGACGCUGCAGCUUUGGCACCAGCCCCAGGACCGUGGACACUACAGAGCCACCCCUCUGCCUGGGGGAAGGAAAAGCGCCUGCGGGAGCCAUGUGGAAGCAUCUAAACACUUGCCCUGCGGGGCCCGGAGUUGGAGCAGGGCCGCUGGGCACGGCUGAGAUGCUCGUGUAAACCGAAGGGGGACCAGUGUCAGACCAGCACCCCACCACCACCAGGCACAGCGGAUGCGGAGGGCUGCACAGGAGGAGGGUGGCGGCAGGGAUGCCCUGCACAGCAUGGGGAACACCUGCCUCGCUGUCCCCUGCCCUGACCCGCAGGCAUCUCCAGGCCUGGAAGACAGACACCUAAGGCCAUAUCUGCAAGCACACGGUUCCCAGAGGAAAGGGAUGCCUGUGCGGUAGCCCUCCGGGGGGAUGGCCAGUGGGUCUGCCCGGCCCCAGGCCCGGGCCCUCGGCCUUCCCAGGCAGCCCCGGGGGCUGCUGCACCCGCCAUGCCCCAGGCCCCGCUCCCAGCACCCCGGGGCUCACACUGGCCAGAGCCCGGCUGGAGACGGUGGGUCCACGGCAGCCUGCCCAGGAGGGGCCGGCAGAGCAGCGAGGCCACUGGGGGCCCUGGAAAGGUACCUGCCUAGGGUUUCGCACCCAGAGCCCUGUGAUGCUUUGGUACCUCACCCCCACGUGUCCCGGGCCCAACCCUGCCGGGAGUCACCCCCAGCCAGUCUGAGGCUGCGGGCUCCGUGGGCUGGGACCUGGGCUCUCCUGGUGCCGUUUCUCACUCCUGCCCCCCGUCUCUCCCAUCUUGGGGCUCCCCAGCCCAGCUGCAGGCCCCCUCGGCCCCAUCAGCCACGUCGAGGCCACAGGGGCUGAGAUGUGGAGGUUUCCUGAGGUCCUCGGUCCUGCAGGGCCCAGGGUGGCCUUCUCCUGGUAUGUGAACAUGACCCAGGCUCCAGCCAGCAGUAUUUUGAGCCAAAGUAGGAGAGGAGACCUGCUUUUCCAUCACCUUGAGAGCAGCAGGCGCCCAGCCUGGGGGAAAACCUGCUCACACGAGUCCUGGAUAACAGACCACAACGUCGGCACCCAGGCCCCAUCACCCCCCGAGAGCCACAGAAGCUGAGCAAGACCCAAUGGCUGGGACCCUGUCUCGGGGCCGCAGCACCCACCUGCCCCACUCGGGGAGGACAGGUGGCCUGGCCGGAGCCCACGGCCCGUGGUCCCGCAUCCUCAUCCUCCCGGCUGCCUCAGAGGGCCUUGGCGCUGGCGGGGUGCGCUGCGUGGGGGGCCGGCUUUAGGGGGUGGCGGGUGAACACGUAGGCCUGCCCCAGGAUGGCCAGGUCCACCAGCACCUGCAGCAGCCCGCACGCUGAGAACUGCAGGGGCGCGCCGUUCAGCAGGAAGUAGGCCGUCUUGAAGGUGUCGCCGCUCGUCCACAUGAGGACCAUCUUGAUGCUGUGGAGACAUGAACGGUGGUCAGGGCUCACAGACCAUGGAUCAGGGGUCACGACCCCCGGGUCGGGGGACAUAAUCCAGGGGUCAGGGGCCAAAAUCUAGGGGUCAGGGGACAUAACCCAGGGUCAGGAGACAUAACCCAGUGGUCAGGGGUCAUAAUCCAGGGGCCAGGGGACAUGCCAGGCCUCCUGUCCUGGCCAUGAAGCCACCGCGUGCAUGGCCGCGAGGACAGGAAGGCCCUUCGGCAGGAGCAGCCUCAGCUCUCCAGAGCAGGGGAGGGGCUGGCACAGGGGCCGAGCCCACACGGCCUCACAAACGUCCCAUCCUUCCUGGCUGCAGGCACAUCAGGUGUGUGUCCCUCGGGAGACACGCUGUGGCCUCAGACGGGAGAGGGAAGACCGCCACCUCCUCAUGCCGCGUCCCACAGGCUGACCCUGCAGCACGAGAACUGGCCUGGGAGGGGCGGCCCUCUGCCCCCCACACCUGCACCCAGGGCUGCUGAACAGGAAACCAGAGGCUGCCGGGCAAAGCAGGGUGAUGCAGGCUUCUCCUGGGAAUCCCCUCCAGGCCAGGCCCCUCACUCAAAAGACAGCCUGAGGGCGAUUCCAUUCCUGGUCAUCGGUGCCACUCCGAAAGUCUGAGGUCGGUCCGUGUGGCACAGAGCGGCCCCGUGUCAUCUAUCGCUCACGUCUGCACACACCUCUCCACACACAGCAUCUAACGCCUGGCUUGCCAGGUAACGGGCAUGAGCACCAUCAUGUUUUCCUGCAUAAAGUGUUUAAAUCAGACCCACUCCCACAGCAGGCACACACUGCAUGGCUCACUAAACCAGACCACGGCUUGGGGGGGGGGGCGCCUGUCACAGGGAGGAGGUGAGGACCCUCAGGGACAGGAUGACACCAGGCUGGAAGCCGUCUGUGCCCCAGGCAGGGCGGGCACUUUGCGCCCCUGAGGUGGCCCCGGUUCACCCCAGAGCUGGGCGGCCUCCGACCCCAGGUCAGCUCUUAUCAGUAAAACCAGGCGAGGAGCCCAUGGCCCAGUGCAGGGAUGUCCAUGUCCCCUGCUCUGCCCACAGGAGUGUCAGCCCGACCGUGCAGAACCGGGACAGGACGUGGACAGCUCCCCUGACCUGCACCACAGCGUCUGGAGGCUCCCCUGAUCCUUAAUCAGGAGAAUGACUCAGGGCACGGGGAGGCCCAGAGGUUGGCUCCCGUCGACCCUGCGGCCGGUCCACCCAUCUGAACAGCCCAGCGCGUCUCACUUGGCUUGUCGCGUUGACUCACAUGGCGUUCAAAGACUUUUGUUUUUAAUUAGCUGAUACCUAACUCUGCAUUUAAAACUCCAGGUUAUUAUAUCAUCAGUCCUUUUUCUCUGGCUUUCCACAUUUAUUUGACUUUGGUUUUUAGCAGUUUGUGAUGUAAUGCAUGUUUGGGACUUGCUGAGUAUCUUAAAGCUGUACGUUGGUCUUGCAUCAAGUUUGGGAGGUCUUCAGCCGUUAUUUCUCCAGCAUUCUCUUCUGCACCAGCCUUUCCCCUCUCCUGUGGGCUCAGGUGACACGAACGUUAGAUUUCAUGGUGCUGUCCCUGAGUCUGUUCUCUUUUUUCCCCCGAUUUUUUUUCUGUUGUUCAGACUUUCACUGAUCUUCAAGUUCAUUAAUUCGUCCUCUGUCGUCACCAUUCUACUACUGAACUACUGAAGUGUAGUUUUUAUUUAGCUACUGUAUUUUCAAUUUAAAAAUUUCGGGCUGGCUUUUCUUACAGCUUUUAUUUCUCUCCUGAGAUGGUCCGUCUUUGCAUUGAUUUAAAGAGCGUCUGCCGUUGCCCUUUAGAGCAGUUACACUAGUGCCUUGAAAAUCUGAUAAUUCCAGUAUCCGUGUCA